AUGAGCGCAAUAGCUACCUAUACAUCCGAUCGUGCACCUACCGUAAACCCCACCUCCUCGUUUUGGAAUACUGACCCCAAAGAACUCGAUGAUUUUCAAAGCUCGUCCGAACUACCAACAACGGCCGAUAUCGUGAUUAUCGGGUCCGGGCUAUCAGGCGUUGCCACUGCAUACUUUAUUCUCAUGGACAACCCUCGUCCCCCCUCUAUCGUUCUCCUUGAAGCGAGGCAGAUAUGUUCAGGAGCAACUGGCCGCAAUGGUGGUCACGUGAAGCCUGAUAUCUUUUCCGACAUCCCUAAAUUUGCCAGGCUCUUUGGCUCGGCAGCUGCGGCAGAGCUGGCCGUCUUCGAAGCGGCUCAUGUGUAUGCUGUCAAGGAUCUUGUGGAGAACGAGAACAUAGACUGCGACUUUCAUCUCACCAGAGCACUGGACGUAUAUCUCGAGUCCAAACACGCCGAAGAAGUCCGGGUGACUUAUAAAAGCCUUUCUCAAAGAGAAGGCAUGAACCUUACCGAUGUGGCCUUCAUUGGUAAGAAGGAUGCCGAGAGGGUCUCAGGUGUAAAGGAGGCUAAAUGCUGUAUUUCAUACACUGCAGCCCAUCUAUGGCCAUCGAAGCUAGUUCAUGACCUACUCAACAGGAUGACUGAGCGCGGUGUCAGUGUUCACGCCCACACUCCUGUCUUGUCGGUAACUCAAUCUGAAGAUGAUGAACCUGGGUCUUGGUCUGUCAGCACGUCUCGUGGGACCAUCCAAACAGCCAAAGUCGUUUAUGCGACCAACGCCUAUACAUCGCAGAUCCUGCCUGAGUAUACCCGAGCAAUCACUCCAGUUCGAGGCAUCUGCAGUCACAUCAAGAGUGUCAAAGGAACGGAAACUCCUCACCUCGUCAAUACGUACGGCAUUAGGUUCGAUAAAUUCAACAAUGAUUACCUCAUACCACGGGCAGAUGGAAGUAUCAUCGUUGGAGGCGCAAGACAGGCAUUCUGGAGGCAGAAACACCGAUGGUUCGAUAAUGUCCGGGACGAUGAGCUGAUCGAGGAGGCUGUUCCAUACUUUGACAACUACAUGCAACGCCACUUUCGCGGAUGGGAAGACAGUGAGAUGAAGACCGAUAAGGUCUGGACCGGAAUCCUGGGUUACAGCUCUGACUUCAUGCCUCACAUUGGUGAAGUUCCGGGAAAGCCUGGCCAGUUCAUCAUUGCGGGUUUUACUGGUUAUGGCAUGCCUAAGAUUCUAUUGUCGAGCAAGGCCUUAGCUAAGAUGGUACGCGAUGGCGCUUCUUUCGAGCAGACAGGUUUGCCUCGUAUCUUCAAGACGACCAAGGAGCGGAAUGAGUCGAAGUCAAGCCCGCUAGAAGAAUCUUUGAAGUCCUUGUGGACUGAAAAUCCAAAGCUGUAA